CCUAACGCUACAUACAUCGCCUCGCAAAAAUGCUGCUCACAGAUAAGGGCAAACGCGUGGCAGACACGCCAAGUAUUCCUGUGUCUUUGCAGCUGCACAUUUUGACCAUCACUAUUCUCUUAUGCGUAAUAGUGUUUCAGGGCUUCCAGGUUAUAGGGGUUAUCAAGCCUCUAGCGGGAGCUGGGACGGGAUCCCUCAUUAACCUGCAAUCGGCGCCGGCCUCGGUGCCUGCCACCGCCACUGCGUCAUUGAAGACAUCAGGCUUCUUUGCACCGCCCAAAACUCGCCAGGAUCUGGGCGCGCUGCUGGAGAAGUUGGGGCUCAAAACUGGAGUGGAGCUUGGAGUGCAGCGCGCACACUUUGCCGCACACACGCUAAACACAUGGCCCUCCUGCACGCGCUACUACCUGGUCGACAUCUGGCGGCAGCAGCCCAACUACGAGGACUUCGCAAACGUGGCGGACAAUGAGCAGGAGAGGAUUUUCCAGGAGGCCACGAACAAUGCCAGACCGUUUGCCAACAAGGUCGUGUUCGUUCGUAACUACACCAACGAGGCCGCAAAGAUCAUCACUGAGACUGUCGACUUCGUGUACGUGGAUGCCCGCCACGACUACUGCGGCACCCUGGAGGACAUCCAGCUGUUCUGGGACAAGAUCCGGAGCGGCGGCAUCAUGGCGGGACACGAUUACCUGGAUGCACCCCAGGUCAAGGCGCUGAGCGGCCAGAACUGGGCCAAGUGCAUGGACGGCUCCGAGCACCAGGGGGCGGUCAAGGGCGCGGUGGACGAGUUCUUUGAGAAGAAGGGGCUGGCGGUGCACGUCACCUACCAGGACUCGCCCUGGUCCUCCUGGAUUGUGAGGAAGCCGUGAGGAACCUGUGAGAGGCGCGAAGCCGGGAGGCGUGAAGCCGUGCCAGAGGAAGCAUGGAGGAAGCCGUGAGCCGUGCGCCGCGAUGGCUGCUGGCGGCAGCAAGUGUUAGAUAUCACGCUAGGCAGGGUGGGGCGGGCAGACCUGGGCAGACAGAAGGGCAGCGAUCAACAUGAGAGAACCCCCACCCCACCGCCACGUUGUGUGAGCGUGCCGGAGUGCGCGUUCGGGCGGGUGCGUGCGGCCGGGCGCCGCAUGGGGAUUGCUCCUUUUUAACAUUUGUUAAUGUGGGUUGUUAAAGCGGAUGGGCAAUGAACUAACUAAGGGAGAGGUUGGCACGGCCCCGCGACGCGUGUCUGCGGGUGCUGUUGGACUCAGCUAAGUUGGAUCGGUGAGCUGUGGCCAAUGCGUUGGUCAGCAAUACGGUAGCUAGGUAGUGCUGGGCAGGCGUACACGUCUGACGCGGAUAUGUGAUGCCAUGUAUGAAUGGCCGGCGCGUGUACGUGGCUGUUGUGUCGUCGGCUGAUGUUGUGCUCUGUCCCAGACUCGAAUUGCGAUGUGCCCCUGGUGCUGCUGACGGGGCGUUGUGUGGAUUUUGGGAUUGCUGGCAAGCCUCGUAAGCGUGCCUGGUCAGGGAUGGGUUUUGGAGCAUGGAGGCGCUGAUGGAGGCGCUCACAAAGGAAUCAUUGCUUGAUGCCGGUUGUGCCGGGCUGUUAGCGAGCAGUGCAAAGCCACGGUGUACCGCCCCUGCCUAACGAUGCUUCGACGAACCAGCAUCCAUGCCUCGACAUGAGACACACGCCCUCACGUCAAUCAGGUUAUUGACGAGUGU